AUGGUGGAUCUUCAAACUGUCUGCUGCAUGUGUGGUGACGUGGGUUUUCCUGACAAGCUCUUCCGCUGCAACAAAUGCCGCAACCGCUUUCAACACUCGUAUUGUAGUAACUUUUAUAGCGAGUACGCGGAGCCAAUUGAACUGUGCGAUUGGUGCCGAAGUGAUCAAGAGAGAAGCACCGCAAGGCACGGUGGCUCUUCCAAGAAAUCGAGCGUGGUGGGAGGAGUUGAGACCGGAGGCGCUUCGAGCCGGUCCGAAUAUUCCGGUGACCACAAGAUCAAGCAACACGAUCAUCAACAGCACCGUGAUCAUCAAGACGGUGGCGGCAGCGGCAGCGGGGAGAAGGCUAGUAAGAACAGCGGCGUGCCGUCACCAAGACCCACUGCACGAAGGUACAAGCUUCUCAAGGAUGUAAUGUGUUAA